AUGCCUCCGAAGCGAAAGGGAGACGCCGUUACAACCCCAAAGCCCGCGAAGAAAGCCAAGACCGGCGGCACUCCUACGCGCACAUCACCGCGCAACAAGACCAGCGAUAGUGAGACACCACCUGCAACGAGUACCGGCAAGAAGCCGAGGAAGCCGGCACAUCCCGGAUCAAAAGCAGUCAAGGCCCCAGACGAAGACGCCAACUUCGAAUGGGAGAUUCUAGAGGGUGACAAGCGCUCGACGCUCGUCGUCGGUGCCCCUCAACCAAAACGACUGACACUCAGGUUCCACCAUAGACACGACAACAACGAGAAAGAUCGAACAUUUGAGUACGACAGGAAGGCAGCUAAAAACAUCGACUGGAACAACAAGGACCACAUCAGAGACAUCAACAAGUGGCGCAACCAAAUCUUCGUCCAAAAUAUGAAGUUCCCGCCCAAGGUUACCCACACACCAUGGACUCCGUUCGAGACCGCGUACUUGGAACUAUUCCAUGAAAAGCUUCUAGAAGCUGCCACUGGGAAGACAAACACCUUCGUGGCGCCUCACAACGAGCUCAUAUUCGAGGCUUUCAACGAUUACUUCGAGGGUCGGACCGAUAUCCGAGACAAGAGCGGCAAACCAAUGGAAGAAGCUCUGGGUACUAGGCCUCUGAACGGAUUGACUUCGUACCUAAACCGUGCUGGUACCAAGAUCCGUGGCCUGCGAGAUCGUAUGAGCGCGCUGAAACCUAAGCUCAAGAAGAGCAAGAAGGAUGAUACAUGGAUGCCUUCCAUCACGGAUGACGAGAUCGAGCAGUAUAUCAAAGGAGAUUGGGAGCCCGCUGUCGAUUCUGCUCCUGCUGCGGCUGAUGAUGAGGGUGAAGAACAGGAUGUAGAUCAAGCUGAGGGAGAAGACGAAGAGCAAACUCAGGAAGAAGACGAAGAGCAAGCUAAGGAAGAUGACGAAGAGCAAGCUGAGGAAGAAGACGACGGUAAUGACUCCGACACUUCUACUCUUACCACACCACCUGACACCGACGAAGAACUCGAAAGCAUGGAGAUUCUUGAGCGCGAACAACAGGCUAAACGUCUGAUAGUCAAGCUUAAGCUUAAACCCAGCACAGCUAGCAAGUUUCCAGGAAGCAAACGUCCAACCACCAAGCCUACGAUAGCCAAGCCCACGACAACCAAGCCUACAGUCACCAAGCCUACGACGACCAAGCCUACAACCAGCAAUCCCGCAUCAAACACGCGGAGUACUAGUAAGGCCACCUCGGGCAGGUCAAGCGCCCGUUCUUCCUCGCCACCUCCCCCAGAGAAAAGCACCAAGAAGACGACUUCCUCCAAGAAGACGAUGACUGAUCCACCGAAAGCGACAGAACCGUCCGAGCCGAAGUCGAAGCCGCGAGUCGUUAAGCCCGUUGAGACAGAACCAAUACCCACCCAUCCAGACGUCAUAGCCUCUCUCAAGGCCAAGGGCUACACAUGGACCGAACUACCCGCGACCAAUGAAGAGGCAAUCAAGGCACAUCAGGAAGCGCAGAACGCGAAGCCUUCUCAGAACACAUGGAUCGACGGCGCAGUCGAAGCUCUCAAGGAUAGGACCAAGAGGCAGACUAGCCCAGGCUUCGACCACGAGUUCUUCAACAAGGACGUACAACACGAGUACGAAAACAAGGGCGCUAUGAUCAACGUCGAAGACUGGCACAAGAAGUCCGCGCGUAGAGAUGGAGCGGCCGCAGUCACUGCCUUGCUCAACACCGUUGAUAUACCGCCCCUCGGCUAUACGGGCGACAUACGCGCUCUUCACAAGAACAGACUGUUCUCGGAAGACGAACUGGCCUUAGCUGAUGCACGCGACGCUGCUAUCUCACAAAAGCACGAAGCAGUUGAGCGCGCACGCCAGUUGAAGAUCGCAAAGGAGUCUGCCACAAGUGCUUCGAAAAGGGAGAUGCAUGAGCAGGCUGCGCGAAAGCAGAAGAGUGUAUGGGACGAUCCGGAAAUCACGGAUGAUUCGGGUGAGGAGUCUUUGGACGAUGCGGCGGAUGAUGAAGCACGGAAGGGGAACUGA